AUGUCGGACGAGGCGACGCGGCGCACGGUGUCGGACAUCCCGCUGCUGAAGACCAACUCCGGCCCGCGGGACCGCGAGCUGUGGGUGCAGCGGCUCCGGGAGGAGUACGUGUCCCUCAUCAAGUACGUUGAGAACAACAAGGCGGCGGACAACGACUGGUUUCGCCUCGAGUCCAACCGGGAAGGCACCCGCUGGUUCGGCAAGUGUUGGUACGUGCACGAGCUGCUUCGCUACGAGUUUGACGUGGAGUUUGACGUGCCCGCGACCUACCCUGCCACCGCGCCCGAGGUGGCGUUACCGGAGCUGGAGGGCAAGACGGCCAAGAUGUACCGUGGGGGCCGCAUCUGCCUCACCGACCACUUUAAGCCGUUGUGGGCGCGCAAUGUGCCCCGCUUCGGCCUAGCCCACCUGAUGGCGCUCGGCCUGGGCCCCUGGCUGGCUGUGGAGAUCCCCGACCUGGUGUCCCGGGGCCUCGUCACUCACAAGGAGAACCAGCAGGCCCCCUCAGCCUCGUGAAGACACACAAACAGACUGUUAAUGUCAAGCGGACUAUUGUUUACUAUAGAGAUAAAGUCAUGAAGGACACUGACUGUGUUCACUAUAUAAAGUCCUGAAACAAACUGCUUAUAUUGACUAUAUAAAGUAAUGAACAGACUGCAUAUGUUCACUAGUGAUCGUCAUUAAACAGACUGCAUAUGUUCACUAGUGAUGGUCAUGAAACAGACUGCUUGUGUUCACUAUAUAAAGUCAUGAAACAGCCUGCGUAUGUUCACUAGUGAUGGUGAUUAAACAGACUGCUUGUGUUCACUGUAUAAAGUAGUGAACAUACUGCAUAUGUUCACUAGUGAUCGUCAUGAAACAGACUGCUUACAGUAUGUUCACUAGUGAUGGUCAUUAAACAUACUGAAUAUGUUCAAUAGUGAUGGUCAUUAAACAGACUGCUCACUAUUAUAGGGAUGAGUUCAUGAAACAAACCACUUAUGUUCAAUAAACAAGGUCAUGUUUCA